UCGGGUCGUCGGCACGCGUGUGAUUCGCUAGCCGCGUAGUCAUGCGCGAGUAUCGCUCGUGAUCAGAUAGGCAAGUUGAUAUCGCGCAGAGACUCUCGCCUUCGAACACGCGUAAGACACGCGAUCACUGUUAUAUAUAGUCUCGUUUCAAAAGGCGCAAAAUCCGAGAACUCGCGAAAGCAGAAUCGCCUUCGCGCAUCAUCCGCCUUACACACGGCGUCUUCUUGCGUGCGCGCGUGCUGCGGCUGUGCGCAGCCUUGAUAGAGGCGUGCGCUGGGAAAUACGCGCGCGAUUAAAAAAGACGGCGAGAGACCACGGAAAUUCCAGAAGAAACAGCAGUUUCCUUUGCUCUUUGGUGUCAACGAGAGAACGGACGAUAGACAAAAAAAUAGAGGAAGAAGAGAGAACGCGUUUUUCUGGCUUCUGAGAUUACCGCUGCUGUCGACAAAAGUCGCAGUUGGAGAUAAGAAGUCCGUGUGUGUUCGACCGAUAUUAGAGGCGCGCGCGGUGAAACGUUGAAGGUCGUCGAAGAUGCAUACAGCGACACUCAUGAUCUGACUCCGAUCGAAGCACGCGAGUGUACGCGCAAUAAUGUGUUGAUGCGUGCGUACGUGCACGCAUGUGUGUGUGUGUAUGUGUGUGUGUGUGAAUCGUUCGCAGAAUCGCAAACGAGUUCUCUUUUUGCGUCCGGAUCUCGCCGGAUCUUGUCUCGCUGUACAUUGCCUUGCCAUUUUUCGUGACAAUUUUCUCGCUUGUGCCAGAAGAGAAUCGAGAACUUCCGAAUUAACGAGUUAACUCGCGCUCAUCCGUUCGCAAGACGAGAUAACAAUGAAGUGCGUGUGACAGAUAAGAACCUUUAUUAGAAUAAAGUCUCAUAAAAGCCAGAUAGAGAGAGCUUGUUAAUAACGCGCAUAAAACGAACGUUUUGGAAAACUUGCGGAGGACGUUCCAUACCUGGAAGAACAUGUGACGAGAAAAAAUAAAGAUAUGUACAAACGUCGUGAAGUGUGGAAUAUCGCACAUCGAUAAGAUUGCGAUCGAUUCAAGAUCGGCGUAGUAACGUACGAGCCGGCGUGAACAAGUUGCGUUCUUAAACACUUUUGAAGUCUGCGUGAAAGGCAAGACACUUGUCUAGUAUUAUGUUUUUUCUUGUUUUUGUUUUUUUUAAGUGAAACUUCUUUUUUUUAACAAAUUUGAAAACUAUAUUGCCAGACAAUAUAAAAGCGCGGUUGUCACACCGCCGACAUCGAUUCGACAUUAGAAAAUAUUCUCGAGAAAAGAAGAUUUUCAAGGCAAAAAUACUAACUGACGACAAAACACGAAAACGGUCAAAGCUACUUGAUCAAGAUGUUUUUUUUUUGAGCAAUUAUAAAAUUACUACAGAAUUGAGAGAAACCCAAAUAAAUUGCUACAAUGGCAAACUGUAGUCGAGUCACGUCGAUCCAAACUGAGAAGAGGAUGUUGCGAUGCAUUUCAAUUCCGGAUUGUUCGUCCGUGAGUUCUUUAGAAGAGGAUUAUGAAUCAAUCGAGUCCGAGGACAUAUCUACUGACACUUCUUGUCGCUCAAGCGCGGACGCAGACAAAAAUUUUGACAUUGAGGAGGACUUCCGCAUGAAGCUGAACAAAUUCGACGACAUAAUCGAGCAGAUCGAAAAUCUGCAACUCUCAUGUGAUAACGUCAAUGACGAUAACGAGAAUGUCGGCAAGAAUUUGUACAACGUGGAGCACCGGGACAGCUAUGAAUCGCAAAAAAGUCGACAUCUCUACAACGAAGAUUUGAACAAUAAUGAAAAUGACAGUAAAAAGGUCAAUGACAACGAAGGUUGUUUGCCGUUCAAUAUAUACAAGAAAUCACACAAUGAGAAAUACCAUCGUUCUAUGGAUGAUCAGAAUAAUUUGAACGAUGAUUCGGAGAUCGAGCGAGAUCAUCGACACGGUAAAGAAUCCAAUGAUUCUGGCUUGAUCGAACGAGGACCGAUUAAGCCAGACUAUCAGCCCAUUCGAGGACAUCCUUACUCGAUGGUGAGUUGGCUAAUGCGCGCGAACGACUGCGCAGACAUAAGUCACUCAGUGGAUUACGACAAGACCGCCGAGCAGAUAUUGAGAAACAAAGAUUACAAUGAAAAACUGACUCCUUGUUUGGAUCAACUGACAAACUCGAAUCGAAAUCAAACAACGAUUGGUGCUAUAGAGAAUCUAGACCCUGUUUGGACCGGAGAGAACGGCAAUAUCUUUCGAAAUGAAAAUUUCAGCACCGAUACCGCGGAACUUCCCUCCAUAGUCGUCAAUAAUCCAGCAAGUGAGGAAUCCUUAAUGGACAUCCUGUCGCGUGGCGGCUUUCAGGCUGCGGUGGUCUUAGACGCCAGCAGUCACUCGAUCCCAUCGCCAAAUGCGAAAACUUGGUCCGACUCUCCGGCGAGCAGUUGCUACAACCACGUUGUCUCUAGACCGAACAGUCGGGCGUCGAGUCGCGCCCAGUCACCCGGUUCUGCCACGAACUUGGAGUCGCCGCAAAUGCAUGUCAAUGUUAUCGGCAGCCCGCUUGGUUCACCGCAGGUCGCGUCGACUUAUCGUGUUCCACAAGCGUUAUCCUCUUCAUCCUCUUCCAAUCAAUCGUACAGCGAUGCAUCAAGCCCGCUCAACUAUCAAACUUCCUUGAAUUAUCAGAUCGAGGAACAGCUCGACGAAUCUCUAUCCGGUUGGAAAGGUAUCUACGACUCUUCAGGAACGAUUGUCAAUAGCAGCGACACCAUCGACUGCGCGCUGCUCCAGCUCGUAGAGCAGGUUAUAGAGGAGGAUAAGGUGAAGAAAGAGCCCCAGGUCGUCUCGAGCACGCUUUGUUUGUCGUCCUCAUCGUCGUCGUCGCUGUCGUCAUCGUCGUCGUCGUCGUCGUCGUCAUCGUCAUCGUCGCCGUCGUCAUCGUCGUCGUCGUCGUCGUCGUCGUCGUCGUCGUUCAAUGUCCAAUGCGCGCAAACGGUGGAAAAUAAUUUAAACAUUUUGAAUCCCACGUCGCGCGAGUGUCCUGUGAAUGAUAUACGUAAUAAAAAGCCAAAUGUCUGUCUCAGCAUGAUCGCAACAAAUCCCGUCGGUGAUUUACCCAUUGACGGUGAUUUCAUGUCGGUCUACACAAGUAAGGAGAAUACUAGCGGAUGUGCUUUCAUUAACGGCACCGCAAACACGAUCAAUCUGAAACAGAAAUAUUACGAGUCGAGUGUGAAGAAUGUGUCGCAACAUAAUAUCUUGCGCAAUAUUGGUCCAAAUUGCGACAAGUCUGCAAAAAUCUCCGAUCAAGACUUACGCGCGUCGCAGGAAAAGUACGUGAUGUUUCACGCAGCUGGCGAAGAAAAGAAAUACAAUCAUCUAUCGUCGACAUUGGUGUCUACCGAUUAUCAGAUACCAACGGUAGUCUCUUCGUUCGUGCCCACCUGCCCGCAAAGGAAUUCGAAUCGAGGUAUAAUGCCGUGGCCCUCGCUAAACUUACCAUCCGUAAGAGCGAGCGAGAGAUUGAAGGAAGGAUUGCAUCCUAAGGAAGUAGAAAGAGCAAUGACUAAUCUACUGAAGAAAUCUGUGGAGGAACUAGCGGCCGCGGACGAAGACGGUGAUACGAAGUUGAUGUGUCUAGUGGGCAAUCCGGAAGAAAUGGCAAAGAAAAAAGCGUAUUUAGCGCCUUUGGUCGAGAGACUGGGCAACGUGUCAGGCGCGCUGUCAACGGUGAAUAAUCGCGGCGAGGACGCUUUAUAUUUGGCUGCUAUGAAUUGUCCGGAAAUGCCGUAUGUUACCGGAUAUCUGGCCGCCGCAAUGUUGCAGAAAGGGAUCGAUAUUAAUCAAAGAUCGUAUCACUUACGCGGAGAUACACUUAUACAUUCAAUCGCAGCUCGUGGUGAUUCCCAUGGGGAGGUCUUAGCGGAAUUGUUAGCAUUGAAGACACUCCAAGGAAAUCCCGUAUUUAACUUGUCUAAAUGCAAUUACGACGGAAGAACCGCUCUUCACAUAGCAGUCGAGUCGCACAAUCCUGUCGGGCGAGGCGUCAAAUCCUUGGCCACGACGCGUCUGCUGCUUGAGAACGGUGCGGAUCUCAAAGUCAAAGAAAGCAAAUGUGGCGACACCGCUUUACACAUGGCGGCCUCAUUGAGUUGCGAUCCUGCACUUAUAAAGGUGUUGCUGAAUAAAGCCACUUCGAACGUCGUGAACGAGACCAACUAUAUGUAUAACACGCCGCUGCACAUAGCCGCAGCAGUUUCGAAUACCGUAAACUUCGAGAAACAAAAGGAAGUCUGCCGGCUCUUGAUACAAGCCGGAGGUCAAACAAACCUACAAAAUCGGCAGGGUAAAACACCGUUGGCGCUCGUAUCGGCGGAAAGGAAGGAAGAUAUCAAAAGGAUAUUCUACAAGAAGAAAUCGUGAUAUAACGAUUAAACACCGGUAUACGAAGAUGAGUUUGCAGGCUCAAAAUAAGACUGAUCUCCUUGAAAGUUUGGAGUUUUAUGCGAUUGGACUCCUAAACACUUUCUACUUCACUGUUAUUUUAUUAAACGUUAUGUAAUCGGUCUAUUCUGUAUAAUCUUUGGUAAACAUAUAACGCAUGCGUUACUAAUUAUUUUUGCACAGGCAAAAUGUAUCACAAACUAGCUAUGUAAUGAUAUGUUAACAAUAAAAUUGUCGUUAUAGUUACAUAGAAUAUAAGGCAAAAUUCGCUACGCUUGUUGCACGUAUCACUCUUUAUAUCAAAAAAAGAGACUAAGAUCUAGCGACCGCAGAGCCAAAUGUAAGAGAAUGUGUUUUAAGAUAUCUCGUUGGUAUUAAUAUAAUUUUGUGGACUUUGUACAGUUAAGAAUAUUAUUAUGUUAAUAUAUUAUUAUCUCUCUCGAAUAGUUUUCGAUUAUUAAUGAAGUAUGCAUACAUCAUUAAUAAUUAUCGUGCUUCAAUAACAUUCAAAAACCGUUUGUAACUAAGAGAGAAAAAAAGAGAAAAAAUUGAUAGAUUUAACACUGAAAUCAAACUUCUUUACUUUUUUAAAAUAUAAAAUUAAUUGUGUUAAUAUUAACACUUAUCUAAUUCAUGAUAUUGGUUUUUAUAAACAAAUGAUUAGUUUUACCGGUUAUUUUCUUUCUAGACAGAAAAUAGCGUUUUGAAACUUUAUAUAUAGCGUGGAAAUAUAUACGAAAGAAUUCCAUGCAAUUGCUCAAAGUUGUAAUUUAAUACACAGAAAAA